ACCGAAGUUGAGGUUACUAUCAAGAAUGAUGGAUCUAAUGACUUGAGUCUUCUAAGAGUAGGCACCAUUCUGGAUGAAAGGCCUGUCCAGAAAAUGGUCGUGGUGGACGAUGCUGCCGUAGGAGAGCAGCUUCCCUUUCAGGGCAUCGAAUUGAGUGUCUACUAUGAGGGCUUGGAAUCUAAGCACUAUGAGAAGUUGGCUGCCGGCUCAUCCGUCAGUCGACUAGUGGACCUAGCCUCUGUUUACGACUUCAAACCUGGAACCUACUCCAUUGUCGCUGAGGGAACAUUCCCCUCUGUUUCUGGCGCAUCCAAUGAACCGGCUUCAGUUUCUUUCAAGUCCAAGGCACUAUCAAUUACAGUCAAGGAAAGUUCCGCGGCCGAGGUGAAGCAAAUCCUGUCCCGACGGUCGAUUGUGAUAACGGAGGACUGCCCAGCCGAUAAGCUCAAAGCAAACCUCGACGGAGUGCGAAACUGUGAGACCCUGGCCCGAGCUGCUGCUGCCGACGCCGCCGAUGUUCACUCGGCAAGAUUUGUCGAAUACUUCAAGUCGAAUGAGACUGAAGCCCGGGACCAUGUUUCGGGCCGUCUGUUGGCUGUUGCCAAGGAGUGCUCCACAACUGAUAGCGGCGACACGAGAGUCCUAUGCCAAGAUGACCUCAACGUCUGCGAGACUGAAGGUCCUCUGAUCGCUUACACGACUUGGGUCAAUGGCUACAUUGUCAUGUGCCCCCUGUUCUACGACACCUUGCCCCCGCUGCCCCAGCUAUGCCACAAGCAGGACCAUGCUACUACGACGAUCCACGAGAUGACGCAUGCCAGGGCUGUGUAUGAAGACAAGGCCCCCGCUACGGCUGACCGGGCAUAUGGCUAUGAGAACAGUACUGCUUUGACAUCGGAGGAGGCCAUGUAUAACGCGGACAGCUACUCGCUGUAUGCCAAUGGUAAGUCC